AUGGAGCAGAAACGAUCAGAACCACAGCAUUUGCUGCUCUUCGGAGACCAAACUGUAGAGAAGCUUUCUUCCAUUCAGGCUUUAGUCCGAAAUGCCAAGUCAUCUCCUGCUACCAAGAGGUUCCUUCAAGAAGCAACGGAUGUUUUGCAACUUGAAAUUUCUAAAAUCAGUCGGACGGAGCAUGGCUGGGCAGGGAACUUCGAUACUCUGCUGGGCCUAGCAGAAGAGAAUGCGGACCAAGAUGGCAAUGCCAACAUGAUAGUAGCGACAAUGCUGAUGUGUAUUGGCCGGCUCGGAUCCUUGAUAUUCCUCGCAGAGAAAGACCCGGCUAUCCUAGGCACCUCAGAGAACCCAGUGAAUGUCUUAGCCUUUUGCACUGGGCUGCUCCCAGCAUCCCUCGUUGUUGCUGCUAAAGAUACCUCAGACUUAUUUACAUUAAGUCGCGAGAUCAUCUCCAUCACUUUUCGUCUUGCUCUCCAAGGCAGACGACGAAUGCAAAUGCUAGGCACGGGGAAUUUAAAUGGUACAUGGGCACGGACCUAUACUGGCUUGUUAGAAGAUAAGGCCAAUAAAAUCCUGGACGAGUUUCAUCAAUCCCAAAAGACACCAACGCCUAGAAAGAUAGCAAUUGGCGCUGUAUCUACCAGCUGGGUCACUCUUUUCGGUCCCCCUGGUUCUCUAGACCGCUUGCAUAACUGGUCUAAGGAGCUUGGUAGCCUGCCUCACGCUCAUACAGAUGCCGGAGCACUAGGCCACAAUCCUUAUCAGAUGCCUAUUGAUAUCGACAAAGUUCUUGGAGUCUCGGCAGUGCUUGACAACCCGUUGGAUUGGUCUAAGGCAAGGAUGUUUUCACCAUCGAUUUGCAAAGAGUACAAACAUGCCACACUUGGUGAACUACUUACUGAUAUUAUCCCCGACAUUAUGCACAGUGUACUCCGAGUCAGCGAUAUAAUCGAGACUUGGACCAAUUAUUUGGAUAUCAAAAUACCUGUGCAGGUUACUUCUAUUAGCCCAACAAAUCAUCAGUUUGCAGUCGAGCAGGCGCUUAAGAAACGAGGCUUUUCAUACCAUAGGGGACAUGCUUACAACGGUUUCGACGGACCUGAUGCAACAUUGAAUACACGUGGCGGAUGUGGACGAGUUGCUAUUGUCGGUAUGGCUGGUCGAUUUCCUGGUAGCGAUACAGUCGACGGCUUUUGGGAUGAUGUCUUGAUGGGUCGGAGUCAUAUUGAAAAGGUGCCCAAAAGUCGUUUUGAUUUGAAUGAUUUCUACGACCCGACAGGACAACAGAAGAACUCCACUACCGCAAUACACGGUGCAUUUCUCGAUGACCCGGGUCUAUUUGAUCACAGGCUCUUCAACGUGUCGCCCCGCGAGGCAGCACAGAUGGACCCAAUGGUACGACUAGCUCUGACCACCGCUUACGAAGCCUUGCAGUCGGCAGGGUAUUCACCAGGGGCAACUCCAGCUACCCAGACCAACCGUAUUGCGACAUUUCUGGGCCAGACUGGUGAAGACUGGCAUGAGGUACUUAAUAACCAAGGAAUUGACAUUUACUACAUCCCAAGUGUGUGCCGCGCAUUUGGCCCGUCCAGGUUAAAUUAUCACUUCAAAUUUGGUGGCGGUUCCUAUGCCAUGGACUCUGCCUGUGCAAGUAGCACUACGGCCAUCUCACUGGCCUGUUCGUCUCUCAUCGCCCGGGAGUGUGAUACGGCGGUGGCCGGUGGAGGGUCUGUUUUAGUAUCACCUAAUUCGUUCUCUGGUCUCAGUAAGGCUGGCAUGCUUUCCCCUACUAAUGGUUGCCGUACCUACCACGACGAUGCCGAUGGCUACGCUAGAGGAGAGGGUGUCGCCAUGAUAGUACUCAAGCGAUUGGAAGAUGCUCUAGCAGAAAAUGACAAUAUCCUGGGUGUUAUUAGAGGCUGGGCCAGGACGUACAGUGACACGGCGCCAUCCAUUACUCACCCCAGUCAUGAAGCACAAGAGCGGAUAUACAGUCAAGUGCUGCGUCAGUCAUGUUUGGAUCCUGCCGAGAUCGCCUAUGUCGAGAUGCACGGUACGGGAACGCAGGCCGGCGAUUUGGAGGAGAUGACAUCCGUUUUAAACGUUAUCGGUCAGAAUCGUACUCGCGAUAACCCGCUCAACGUCGGUGCCGUGAAAGCAGUGGUCGGUCAUGGUGAGGCAGCAGCUGGAGUAACAUCACUGAUCAAGGUACUAAUGAUGAUGCGUGACCGUAAAAUACCACCACAACCAGGAUGGCCAUUUACACUGAAUCGCAAGUUCCCGGCACUGGACAAGCUGCAUGUCAGCAUCACAACCAAGCAUGGAGUGGACUUACGCGCAAGCCCUCGUGGUGAUGGAAAGCUCAAAUUACUGGUCAACAGUCUGGAUGCGUCUGGCGGAAACACCUCACUAGCAAUCGAAGAGCCCCCUGCUUCGCCUGUGAAGAAUCCUGAUCCACGUGGCGGCCACGUGGUGGCCAUCUCUGCUCGUACGGAGCUAUCGUUGAACCAAAAUCGUGAACGCCUACUAGACCACAUCUCUCGCAAUUCGCAAGUGAAAUUGGAAGAUCUGGCUUAUACAACAACGGCGCGGCGUAUACACGAAAGGCUGCGUGUAGGAUAUGUGGGAAAGACGUUACAUGACAUUGUACGACAACUACGUGGAGACGUUGCUAAGAGCAGCGCUGGUGGCAGUGGGCAUAAUGCUUCCAAUGGUAAAGCUAAGAAGCCAUCCUUAAUAUGGCUCUUCACCGGCCAAGGUUCUCAGUAUGCGAGCAUGGGACGUGACCUAUACCGAACCAAUACAUUUUUUGCGAGUACGCUGCUAGACUAUGAGCAAACAGCUAUGGCCACGGGCCUACCAAGGUUUAUGGGCAUCAUUGCCGACGAGGACAACAGCGAUGUUGAGGAUCUGGCACAUCGUUGGUCGCCUACGCAAAUACAGCUAGCUACUGUGGCACUCGAGAUGGCACUUGCACACCUGUUCAAAUCUUGGGGACUCACAGCCGAUUUAGUAAUCGGGCAUAGUCUGGGUGAAUACGCGGCCUUAAACAUCGCCGGAGUCUUGUCCGCUGGUGAUGUCUUGUAUCUCGUUGGUAGCCGUGCAAAUCUGAUGGAGAAAAAUCUUCAGCUGAACGAGUAUGCGAUGCUAGCAACUGGGUACGAUCCCGAAACUUUGAAGAAGAGUUUUGAGACUUAUGGACUCGUGUCGUGUGACAUUGCUUGUAUCAAUGCACCGUCGGUGACUGUUGCUAGUGGCAAGAUGGAGAGUAUCAGUGCUUUGCAGAGUCACCUACAACAACAGAGCAAUGAAAAAGGAAUAGAGAUCAAGACGACAAUUCUUAAGACUCCUUAUGGCUUCCAUUCACGCCAGAUCGAGCCGGUUCUCCGAGAGUUCGGGGACCUAGCACGAGGCGUCGAGUUUAAUGAACCGCAUACCCCCAUUAUAUCCUCCCUGACAGGAAUGGUGGAAACAGGCUUCUCCCCAACUUACCUAGUCCGCCAAGCUCGCGAGACUGUAAACUUUGUUACAGCACUAUACACGAUGCGAGAGGCUGGCUUCGUAGGGGACAAUACCACCUUUAUCGAGAUCGGCCCGAGUCCGGUAUGCCUUGGCUUGCUUAGACGAACACUCGACUUGCCACCAAGUACUCAGCUUGUUUCUGCCCUUAAGCCGAGAAUUGACAACUGGGUCACCACUUCAGAAGUCCUGAAAGUGGCCUACGAAACGGGAUCAUCCGUGAACUGGGUCGAGGUCCACAGGGAUUUUACGGGCUCAGUUACAUUGCUUGAUCUCCCCAAGUAUGCCUUUGACAACAAGAACUUUUGGACUUCCUACGUGGAGCCAUCAUUGGAAAAGGGGAAUACCACAGACAAAUUGAAGCUGUCAGAGGCUCCAACAUUCAAUGGCUUUCCAACUUCGUCGGUGAAUCGGGUGGUAUCUGCACAAUUGGACGCCAGCAACGACAACAAGCUCACGGUUGUGUUUUCUACAGAUCUUGAUGACACGCAUCUACUCCAAGCCAUUGAAGGCCACGUUGUCAACCAGCAAACUAUCUGCCCAGCCGGUGUAUUUAUUGACAUAGCCAUGACAGCAACCAAGUAUACUCACAUUCACCUCCAUGGAGAUAGCAUUGAUGUACCAACCAUGACCAUCCGUGACUUCGAAAUGGCGCACGCGCUAGUACUUACGCCUGGAAAUCCAAAACCAGUCCUAUAUACCACAAGUGUUUAUAACACCGAGGAAAUGACAGCCACAGUCUCCUUUCAUUCACGUACAGGCAUCGAAAAGGACGUGACUCAUGGCAGAUGUACGGUUCACUUCGAUCAUGAGUAUGCCUCAGCCUGGAAGAUCUCAAACGCGCAGACCUUAUUCCUCGUCAAAUCACGCAUGGAAGCCUUGACUGAGCAUAGAAAGAGCGGAAGGGCACAUCAUCUCUUAAAGACUGUUGUCUAUAAACUGUUCCGCAACGUGGUGGACUAUAGCGAGCGCUAUCGCGCGCUUGAAGAGGUAACAUUGGACACACAGUCGCAUGAUGCAAUUGGGAUGGUACGAUUUCUGCCAAACACGCUACAAGAUGACGCGAAGCCAAAUCAAUUUUGCUUCGACCCUUAUAGCAUUGAUGCUGUCAUGCAGCUGGCCGGCUUCGUAUUAAACAACGGGAUGCGAUACGAGGAUGACAUUGCCUGCAUUUUUGUUGGAUUCCAUGAACGCUGCGAAAUCGAGAAGCCGCGGAGCGACAAGGAUUACUUCUCGUACGUGUGCAUGCAGGAAGCUUCUCAAGGAUCAAUAAUCACUGGUGAUUGUUACGUUUUCGAAGCGGAGUCUGGGCGCCUCACGCAGGUGACAACAGGCUUGAAGUUUCAAAAGAUGAAGAAGGUCGCGCUGGACAGCAUACUAGGGAUUAAAGCUUCAGUUAUAAGCAAAAAUCAUAUUUUCCCUAGUCACUCAAAUGAGGGGCCCCUAUCUACUAUGCCUACGUUAAAUGUGCAACACCCCAUGGUAAACCAUGCGGAUUUGCCACAAGCUCUACUUUCAAGCUCUUCAUCAUCAUUGACAUUAGGGACACCACCAUCAACUGCAGAGCCUGACCUCUUGGAUACGGUGCUGAACAUCGUAGCGACGGAGAGUGGUUGUAGCAUGGGAGACCUGCUGGAUGACAAUGCACUAUUCGCCGAUCUGGGGGUCGACUCUCUAAUGGCGCUCACGAUUCUAUCCUUACUCAAACGCCACACGGGAGUCGAUAUUGAAGCAAACUUCUUUUUUGAGUACGAGACGGUGGGCGACGCGAAGCGAGCCCUCAUGGAAAGAUACGGCAGAAAGGAAGACGAAAUUCUACAACAGCCAAUAGAUCUCUUAGGAGAGGCGAAUAAGAAGAUAGUACAAGACAUAUCACGUACUCCACCGGAGCAUGUAGGCGUUGCGCAACCACCGGUGUUCCUUCCACAAACGGGCAACAUAGUUCACCUUCGAGGUCGCAGAGAUCCUGGCAGUACCAAGCUAUUCCUUCUAGCAGAUGAAACUGGUUCAGUACUUGACUACAUGAUGCUACCGAGCUUGGGACCAGGCCUCUGUGAGAUUGGAGUGGAAUCGCCAUUUGCCAAGGAACCACAGUUAUUUGAUGAAAGCAUUACUAUCCCUAGUCUGGCCUCCAUAUAUGCUGCAACACUGCGCAAGGAACAACCUCGUGGGCCAUACCUAAUUGCUGGUAUGUCCAGUAGUUCUAUUCUAGCAAUUGAGGUCGUGCGCAUCCUACUAGCCGAAGGAGACACAGUUGAUCUGCUUUUAUUGAUCGACCCUGCGGAUGUGGACACGAUCGACAGUCGUUUACCUGUAAAGCUUGUGCAGGUAGCCAGCACUGCGCAGAGAGAGCACAUGCAGGCGAUGGCAAAUGCACUCAGAAAGUACACACCAGCGCCACUCAGCUCACAGCCCUGUAGCGCUGUAGCUAUCAUUCCCAAGCAAGAAAUUGCCAAGAUGGAGAAUGCAUGGAAGCAGCUUAUACCUUCGCUUGUGUUGCAGCAAAUUGACGCCAUGGGUGGCUCAUUCAUGAAAUUUCCAACUAUUGAUAUGCUUGGUCAGAUGUGCAAGAACGCCAUUGGGGGUUAUGUACAUUAA